GCUACGGAAGCCGGUAGGCCCGGAGCGGGGAGCGCAGAGCGCCGGGGCAGGUUUUCGCGGUGCACUGUGGGAAGAAGCUUGUUGUUUUGUGGCGGAGAUUCUUUUCACCCUUGCCGGCUUUGAGAUACCGCGGCCGAAAUGCCGGAGCGAGACAAUGAGCCUUUCUCUAACCCUUUGGCUCCAGAUGGCCACGACGUGGAUGACCCUCAUUCCUUCCACCAAUCAAAACUUACCAAUGAAGACUUCAGAAAACUUCUCAUGACCCCAAGGGCUGCACCUACAUCUGCACCGCCUUCUAAGUCACGUCACCAUGAGAUGCCCAGAGAGUACAAUGAGGAUGAAGACCCAGCUGCGCGAAGGAGGAAGAAGAAAAGUUAUUAUGCCAAGCUACGCCAACAAGAAAUUGAGAGAGAGAGAGAACUCGCAGAGAAAUACCGGGACCGUGCCAAGGAACGGAGAGAUGGUGUGAAUAAGGAUUAUGAGGAAACUGAGCUGAUCAGUACUACAGCCAACUAUCGGGCUGUGGGCCCCACUGCUGAGGCGGACAAAUCAGCUGCAGAGAAGAGGAGACAGUUGAUUCAGGAGUCCAAAUUCUUGGGUGGUGAUAUGGAGCACACCCAUUUGGUGAAAGGCUUGGAUUUUGCUUUGCUUCAAAAGGUGCGCGCUGAGAUUGCCAGCAAAGAGAAGGAGGAGGAGGAGCUCAUGGAAAAGCCCCAGAAGGAAACCAAGAAAGAUGAGGAUCCUGAAAACAAAAUCGAAUUUAAAACACGACUUGGUCGCAAUGUGUAUCGAAUGCUUUUCAAGAGUAAAUCAUAUGAGCGGAAUGAGUUGUUCUUACCAGGCCGUAUGGCCUAUGUGGUAGACCUGGAUGACGAGUAUGCAGACACGGAUAUCCCCACCACUCUGAUCCGCAGCAAGGCUGACUGCCCCACAAUGGAGGCUCAGACUACACUAACUACGAAUGACAUCGUUAUCAGCAAACUCACCCAAAUUUUGUCAUAUCUGAGGCAGGGUACCCGAAAUAAGAAGCUCAAGAAGAAGGAUAAAGGGAAACUAGAAGAAAAGAAACCUCCCGAGGCAGACAUGAACAUUUUUGAAGACAUUGGGGAUUAUGUUCCCUCUACAACCAAAACACCUCGGGACAAGGAGCGGGAGAGAUACCGGGAACGGGAACGUGAUCGGGAACGGGACAGAGAACGAGAGCGAGACCGGGAGCGGGAGCGAGACCGGGAACGAGACCGGGAGCGGGAGCGGGAGGAAGAAAAGAAGAGGCACAGCUACUUUGAGAAGCCGAAAGUGGAUGAGGAGCCCAUGGAUGUUGACAAAGGACCUGGCUCUGCCAAAGAGUUGAUCAAGUCCAUCAAUGAAAAAUUUGCUGGGUCUGCUGGUUGGGAAGGCACUGAAUCGUUGAAGAAGCCAGAAGACAAGAAGCAGCUGGGUGAUUUCUUUGGCAUGUCCAAUAGUUAUGCAGAAUGUUAUCCAGCCACGAUGGAUGACAUGGCUGUAGAUAGUGAUGAAGAGGUAGAUUAUAGCAAAAUGGACCAGGGUAAUAAGAAGGGUCCCUUAGGCCGCUGGGACUUUGACACUCAGGAGGAAUAUAGCGAGUACAUGAACAACAAAGAGGCUUUGCCCAAGGCUGCAUUCCAGUAUGGUAUCAAGAUGUCUGAAGGACGGAAAACCAGACGCUUCAAAGAAACCAAUGAUAAGGCAGAGCUUGAUCGCCAGUGGAAGAAAAUAAGUGCGAUCAUUGAGAAGAGGAAGAAGAUGGAAGCUGAUGGGGUUGAAGUAAAAAGACCAAAGUACUAAUUCCCAGUUCAACCAUUACCACAUGGCUGUUCUUUUAGUUGUUGGUUCUACAAUUCCUAGAAAGGUUGCAAACUAUUUUUGUUGUUGAAUGUUUAUAAAUGUGUAUUGUAUAACUAUUUGUUUAUAGAUCUGCCUCCCAAGUGCUAAGAUUAAUGGAAUGCAGCACCAUGCCCAACAUGUUCCAUUAAAACUAGUUAACCCUGCUGUUUUCUUUCUGUGUUGGGCAUUCUUUCUUGAUGGCCCCUUGAAGAAGGUGGUUCCAGUAGUUAUAUGAACACUAGGUCUCAUGUAGGAACCCAUCUUUGGGGGGCUUCAGUUGGAUCUAGUCAGUUUGCUUGGUUAGUACCUGAGAGGGGGAGUGGGUAUUGAGAAAAUGGCAUGUUGUAGGGGGUUACUACAGUCUCAACUGAGGUACCUACUAACGUAUCACCAGGUUCUCCCAGCAUACCUCAAUCCCUCUAGACUACAGGGGCUUCGUGGCUGGCAUACUCCAAUGUCCUACCCUAAACUACCCGAGACUAGGCUGGGCUUCCCCUUCUCCCAGCUUCUCUGAUUCCUAUAUAACCAAGCCAUUUUGGUUAUACGCCCCUUUGGCCUUGUGGCUACUUCUCCCCCUCCCCUUCUCAUGUGGUCUGUCUUAGGGUCAUGUUCAAUCUGGACCCCUUCCAGAUACUUCUGGCUAUGCUCUUCCUCAUAUGGACAAUAAACUUCUACCAUACCUACGA